AAUUUAUUUUAUGCACUUGCUAAAAGUGUAUCACUAAUAUUUGCUUUUUUAAGGAAAAUAAGAAAUUUGAUCAUUUCAUAUAGCCGAAGAAGUGAUAACUAUGAGUCAUACUCGAUAGUAUUCGCAACUGUGGACAGUUAAAUUAAAAUACAUGAAAUUUGACUUGGUUGAGGGGAUAAUCUACGAAAUAAGCCCACAACCACAGUGAAAAAGAAGAUUUAUGUAUUUUAUACUGUACCGAAUGUUGAGCAUACUUCUAUACAAUUCGAAUUAUCUGCUCGUUUAUAAUUGAUAAAAUAUUUACGCAACUGAUAAAUAUGAGUAGAUAUGCUGAUGAAAAUCAAGAAAACACUAUGAGACGAAACCCUCAACAACGGAAACUGGUGUAUAGAAAUCUUUUAACUAAACUAGAAGGAAUUGAAGAAACAGAGGAUGUAGGUCUCAACACAGUGAAUGAGUUAGGAAAUGUAUUAAGAGAGGCAAAUGCUUUGGAUACAGAAUGGAAUAUUGAUGAUAGAGUAGAGCAUGCAGAUGAAACUUAUUUAGAUUGCCUAGUAUUGUCUUCAGCUAGUUCUGUUUUAAAGAAAUGUAUACAUGCUGUUGAUGUGUUUACUUCUACGUAUGAUCCAUCAGAAUAUUCCUCUCACAUAAUAAACAGUAUUAAAGAAGAUGUGGAACUUAGACCUCCAGAUUUACUAAAACUGCUGGACAGUGCCAGAAAGAUAAUUCCAAAAGUGCCUCGAUACACAUAUGUAUAUGGAACAUAUGAUUUAGACAAAUUACCUGAACCAAAGCCACGAAAAGAGAGAUUGAAAAUAGUUAAAGAAAAAGUACAAAAAAAAGAACCUGAAAAGCUUAUAAAUCUGAAUAAAGAAGAAGAAGCUAUAGAAGAUAUAGUUAAAAUAUUAUUUGAUGUCUUAUCCUUGAAAUAUGAAGAAAACAAGGAACAACCAAUAAAUUAUUAUGAUUAUAUCAUUGAUACAGAAGAUUUUGCCAACACUGUGGAAAAUAUGUUUUACUUUUCAUUUUUAGUUAGAGAUGGGAGGGCAAGUAUAGAUUUAAAUAGUAAGGGUGACCCAGUUAUCAAACCAGUAAAAAAGAGGACAUUGAAGGAGUUUAGGAAAGAAGGAGGUGUUAAUCCACAAAUUAUUAGUCAAAUAACCAUGGAUCAAUGGAGGAUCAUGAGUCACUAUCAAGAUGAUAUUACCAGAGAAUUAGUUGUAAAAAUGGAAUUUAUAAACUAGGAACAAUAAAUUAUCGGUAUUGUACCCAAUGGGGAAAAAAGAAGAGAGCUAGGCGUUAUCUCAAAAAUGUGAUUUUACCAAUAAAAUGGUGAAGAAAAAUAAUCGUCACCGUAUUCUUGAAAACUGAACACACUGUUAUCUACUGAUAUAUUCACAAUUACACUAUUUUAAAAUACUACUUGCUUGUAAAAAAACGUGAUAUAUGAAUAAAAUAAUAGUGGUAAUUUAAGUAAAUAUUAAUCAAAAAUUUAUAAAUGGUUGAAGUGAAUAAUUUCUUAUAUGAAAUUUUGCCAUUUCCUAAACCAAAAAUACGUUCACAUUUCUAAAUAAAUAUUGUGAGGGAUGCUUCUAAUUAAAUGAAAAAUGAAAGAAAUAUCUCAAGUCAACUAGUUUAUUUCUAAAUUUAAGAAGAUAUAUGUGGGAAUAUUGAAUGCAAAAAUCCUUUUCUUUUAAGAUACUAUACUUUUAUAAUAUUAACUUUAAGAAAAUUUUGGAAAGUUUUCUAUUGUAAAACAUCUGUUAAAGACAUUUUUAACCUUGUUGAAAGAAUAUAUUUUGGUAUUUCCCAAAAUAAAGAAAAAAAGAUUUUCUACCUACAGGUCAUAAAACCGGGUUGAAUAUAAAAUCAACAAUACAAACCCAAAUUAUAUUAAGUAGGUAAUUAGUUCUCUCCGAUCCUUAACAUUGUAAGGGUCAUGCCUCCAAAACUCCAAUAGAAAUAAAAUAAUUUUCCAAUUGA